CCUGCCCAUGGCGACACAUUAGCCAAACUCACUCAAUAGUCCAAAAGCAGUAGAAUUCGCUUCGCAUUACACUGCCGCCUCUCCACAAUUUACUGCCAUCUCUGAAGCACAUCACGCGGGAAGAACUACGAUAUUUAAAUGGCACUACAGUGCAUUAAAUUACGUCGACUCUCUUUUUUUCUAACAUGUUUACAACGGGAUAAGUUUCGCCGUCAUAUUUCAAGUGAGGUUUCAUUGGAAAAACGACACCACCUCUUCUUCAGAUGUUCAUCCACCCUAUUGACUAGUGCUGUUGUUCGGCCUGUCAAUCACUUCUGCUGCAUCCAUCAUUUGCAUAAAGCACUUCUCAAUGCCGCACACAGUGUGUAAGUUAGCAUGAUAGUAAUAAAUAUCAACAAAUAAAAAAACACAGUUCAUCUCAUUUGCUUUUUUUUUCUAUUUUCUUCUUUGUCUUUCGGUUGCUCCCAUUAUGGGUCGCCACAAUGGAUCAUCAGCUUCCAUAUUUUCUUGUCCUCUGCAUCUUGCUCUGUCACACCCACCGCCUUCAUGUCCUCUCUCACCACAUCCAUGGCACAACAUUUAAUUAAAUCAGUCAAAGUGUUUUUGAGAUUUUGCAGAAGACAGGACGAUAUGGAAAAAGAUGAUCCACUGUGGCAACCCCUAACAGGAGCAGCCGAAAGAAGUUUUUCUGCUGUUGAAGAUUUAAAGUCAGAAAAUGAGACCAGAAUAUCACCAAAAAUUAUUGCACAACCAACAAGAGGACUUGUGGAUGAAAAGAUAUACAUCCGCGUUUCAAACCUGAUACCAAACAAAAAAUUUACCUUGAGAUGUUUGCUUCAGUCUGAAGAUAAAGACCUCUGGCAUGCAUAUGGACAUUACAUAAGUGAUGACAUAGGAGUGGUAAAUGUUGCUGAAGAUGUGUGCCUAGGAGGAUCAUAUACUGGUAAAGAGCCAAAUGGAUUAAUUUGGAGUUUAAAACCAGUUCCUGGAAGCAGACCUGCUCUGAGAUUAAGAAAACAGAAUGUAUUUAUUCCCUUUCUGUUAAACAUUUCAGUGCACAAUGGGCACAUAAAUGAUGAUUUUAAAGAUGCAUGUUCUUUAGCACUUACUGUAAUGGAACGCUGGUACAUUGCUCCAGGAGUGUCUAGAAUAGAAGUUAGAGAGAAUGGUAUUCAUGGAACUCUUUUCCUUCCACCAGGUCCUGGACCAGUCCCUGGAAUUUUAGACUUAUGGGGAGGAGGAGGCGGGCUAGUGGAAUAUCGUGCUGCAUUGCUUGCCUCUCAUGGUUAUGCUUCUCUUGCUUUGGAGUACAUUUCCACUGGGAAAAAAUCAACAAGUUUGAACAAUGUUGACCUUAAGUAUUUUGAGGCAGCACUUCACUUCCUUAAAAGCCACCCCAAAGUUUCAAAUGAACAAAUUGGUGUUUUUGGCCUGUCAUUUGGAACAUCAGUGGCUCUUAAUAUUGCAGCAAACCAAAACAGGAUUAGUCCUAAAUGUUUGGUUUGUAUCAGUGGAAGCCAUUCUGUUAAAAUUGAUGGUUCGCUUGCUGAUGUCUUUGCUGAUAUAGAAAUAAAUACUGGAAAAUCUAAGAUUGAUGAAAAUAAUCACGUCAUUUGGAGAGAGUUUAAUCUUCCAAGACUUGCUGAUCCAAGUAACAAAGUUAAAGUGGGAAAUAUUAAGUGUCCCCUUUUGUUGAUUGCUGGUGAUGAUGAUCAAAAUUGGAUUGCAGUUGAAUCUGCUAAAGAUAUGGAGAAUAUGAUGAAGGCAGCUGGAAAUGAACAUCUGUUGACUACAAUAAUUUAUCCUAAAGCUGGGCAUCUUAUAGAACCUCCCUACAGUCCCCAUAUUCGUUUCAGCAAUUAUAUUAUUUUAGGUGAAAAACAGAAAGUUGUGAUGUUAUGGGGAGGCCAAACAAAGGAGCAUUCAUUUGCACAGGAAGACUCUUGGGAGAAGAUCUUGGAUUUUUUAUACCUUCAUCUGUACAGUUCUAGUUCUAAAUUAUGAUCAUUUUAAGAGGUAGCAGCUAAAUCAAAUUAAAAUCAAAUGCACAAGUUUCUCUGCACUUUGUACACAUGACUGGACAUCACAUCUUCUGAAGUUUUGCUUCCUGAAAAUGUGUUGGUGAUUAUGAUAGAGUAUUUUAAGCUGGACAGACAUACACUUUCAGAUUGACUGCAUCAAGUAGGAAUUUGGAGAAACAUGAAAUUUAAUUUAGCAUAUUUUAUUACAUAAUGAUGCAGACACAUUCCAUUAGUUAAACUGAGCUAGAAAUGUUUUUUCUGUCAUUUUUGUUUGUACUCAGCAAGUGGAGCUUCUUAUUUCAGUGUCCAAAAAGAGUCAGCUAGUAUUGAUGGACUCCAUUUGCCCUGAUACUGCUUUUUCAUCCUUGCAAUUCCCUUGUGAAAUCUUUCACCAUGUUUGUCACUGACUGCACCAAGUAAAGAAAUAAAAUUGUGAAUGCAGAAAAUAAA